UCCCACCUGAUGUUGCCGCCUCCAGAAUGCCUUCCAUUUUUUAAGACAUUUAUUUUCAUUUUUAGAGCCGCUAUUAAUGGCAAAUCUGUGUUGACACUCCUCGACCACUUAUCAGUUUCCGGGUCACGCGUGAGGUGCCUUGCAGUGAGAGCUCGUGUUGUGACUUUCAGCGCCAGCAACUUCGUGUUUGAAAUGGCCCUGUUCUGCAGAACCGCAGCACUGCUAUUGAAGCCAAGAGCUCUCUCCUCCACUCUCUCUUUCGCUCGUCAGUACAGUGCAGGUGGUCAGUAUGAGUACAUCCUGGUGGAGAAGCGUGGAGAGAAUCAGGAUGUGGGCUACAUCCAGUUGAACCGCCCCAAGGCUCUGAACGCUCUGUGUGACGGGCUGAUGCUGGAGUUGGGAAAAGCGCUGGAUGCUUUCGAGGCCGACGGAACAGUGGGCGCCAUCGUCCUUACUGGCAGCGACAGGGCCUUCGCAGCUGGGGCUGACAUUAAGGAGAUGCAGAAUCGUACCUUCCAGGAGUGUUAUGCCGGGAACUUCCUAGCUCACUGGAACAGAGUCUCUACCAUUAGGAAACCAGUCAUCGCUGCUGUCAACGGGUUCGCUUUGGGGGGAGGCUGUGAGCUUGCUAUGAUGUGUGACAUCAUCUUUGCUGGAGAGAAGGCUCAGUUUGGACAGCCUGAGAUCCUUUUGGGAACAAUCCCAGGUUCUGGUGGUACUCAGAGACUGACAAGGGCAGUGGGGAAAUCUCUCGCCAUGGAGAUGGUACUGACUGGAGACAGGAUCACAGCACAGGAGGCUAAGCAGUCAGGUCUGGUGAGUAAGAUCUGUCCAGUAGACCAAUUGGUGUCAGAAGCUAUUAAAUGUGGGGAGAAGAUCGCUGCCAACUCCAAGAUCGUGUCUGCCAUGGCUAAAGAGGCCGUCAACGCAGCCUACGAGCUGACGCUGGCUGAAGGGAAUCAUCUGGAAAAGAGAUUAUUUCACUCCACCUUCGCCACGGAGGAUCGUAAGGAGGGCAUGACCGCGUUUGUGGAAAAGAGAAAGGCCAAUUUCAAGGACCAGUAGAGGAGCGAACACAAAACCCAACAGACCAGGAUGUGAAUCUCCGAUCCAAGGGUUCCUGAAGGCUGUAUCCUGACUUGAUAUCUUGACUCAUGACUCUGAUGUUGGCUUAGAUAAGAUUGAAAUAAUCUUAACUGAAGAUUAUUGUGAAGAGCAGACUUUUACAUGUAGACCUUAAGUUAGGAAUUUAGCCCUGAAUGACACCCGGACAGACAAUUUAACAGACUAAUCCUGAGCGAUUUACUUGCCUUAUCACGGUUUCAUACCCUGUAUGCAGACUGCGUUGUAUGCUGUAUGUGUGCAGUACAGUAUAGUGUGUUUGUAUGAAAGAUGUUUUAGGUCAUCGUCCAUCAUAGAAAAACAAAUAUCUUGUUGGGAGUAAAUGGUAGAGGCCAAGCGAUAUCAGUCACAACCGCUAACACACACUAACACAGCCUCUUCACUGUCCAACUGAAUCUCACAUUUUCUAGAAAAUUAAUUGUUCCUCUGUACAUUGUGCAAAUAAAGUCGUAAAAAGGUA